AUGGAGGGCAAGCACAGAAUGGGUGUCCCUGGUGUGAGCCCAUCAGGACCGCCGGGUUCCUGGCAGCGCAUGGCUGGUACCCUGCUUCUGCUGCUGCUGUUGCCUGCAGCCUGCAGCUGUGCCACAGAGACACAAGGCAAAAUCUUGGGGGGCCAGGACGCACCCCCGGGCAGGUGGCCCUGGCAAGUCAGCCUGCAGUACAAUGGCCACCACAUCUGUGGUGGUACCAUCCUCGACCAGCACUGGGUGCUCACCGCUGCCCACUGCUUCCCCAGGCAGGUGCUCACUGACGGCGACAUCGCUCUGCUGCAGCUGAGGACCCCAGUGCGGCUCUCUGCCUUUGUCCGCCCGGUCAGCGUCCCGCCCACCACCUUCCAGAUGCAGCCGCAGGCGGAGUGCUGGGUCACUGGCUGGGGCCAGGUGCACUACAAAGAGGCUCCAGUGAUGACCCUCCAGGAGGCCCAGGUGUUCAUCAUCAACAACACCUACUGCGAGCUGUACCUGGGCCUCCCCCACCCCACCCACAACACAACACUGUGUGCAGCCAACCUCAGGGACAGAGCCAUGGCCUGCAUGGGCGACUCCGGGGGCCCCCUGGUCUGUGAGGUGAAUGGCACCUGGCUGCAGCUGGGGGUUGUGAGCCGUGGCAGGGUGUGCCUGCCCACCGUGGCCCCCAGCGUGUAUACCCGCGUCUCCUACUAUUCUGCUUGGAUCGCCGAGAACAUCAGGGUUACCCAGGCUGCUGGGGCCUGGCCCUCGCCCCUGACCUUGCUGCUGCCUCUGCUUCUGAUACUCCUCACUACCCUGUGA